AUGAUGAAAAUGCUCCUGUAUGACACCAUCAGAGGCGAACUGAAAGCGGAAGGUAAAGAUGAAACAUUGGAUAAAAAUGUGAUCAAUGAAAAUAUAAAAAAGUACGACCGACAUAAGCUGAGAGCCAUACUGAGGAAAUACAUUCGACAUAACAAUAGACUGCUAAACUACCACAGAUACAAAGAAGUAAUAGACAAUUUUGAGCCAUUUAAAAAUGUAUUUAUCAUAUACAGUAAUAGCUUUUUAAAUAGAAACAAAGCUUUUAAUUACACCUUUAGAUACUCCAAAAUUAUAAAAAUACUAUACCUAAACAGAAAAGGGAAGAGACUUAUAUAUGGGGAUAAUAGUUACUUGAAGGAAAAUACCCUUACCAGAAGUAAAAAAGGGAGGAACAGUGAAAGAAUAGGAUUACUACUCGACGAUAAAAAAUUCACAAAUGAAGAUAACUCCAAUGAAGAAAAAAAAUAUCAAGUCAUUAACUUUUUUUAUAACUUAAAAAAAAGUGAUUAUGAUAAAUUGGACAGAGUUCUUGAUAAAAGCCAGAUAGCCCUUCCUUCAUUCAGCUACUUCGAUAUUUAUUUAUUUAGCAAUAACAAAAAAUUAAAAUAUGAAAUUAAUAAGAAAAAUAUAAAAUAUAUUGAUAUUAACUCUGUCUUGUAUUAUCUCUACGUCCCAGUAAUUAUUUCUUAUAUCCAUUUAAAAGAUUUCCAGAAUGCCAAAAUUAAAUUCUUUGAGUAUAUUUACUUUAAGAGAAAAUUUAGACAAAUUAAUAAAUACUGUUCCGAAAGCGAAAAAAGGAAAUUGAGGAUUACCACCCUAAUUUCUUCCAAACUAAAAAAUAAGAUAUAUAAUUAUUACGACACCCUGCUGUAUGAGAAGAAGCCAUCUUCCAUUUUUUCAAAAUCCACUAAUCACAGGGGAGAAAAGAGAUUACACAAAAAGAAAGCAAUUAAAGAUAGUGGAGCCUUAGGGAGUAAAGGAAUCCGUACGAAAAUUAAGAACAAAUUUAUAUUAUCGGGAAGAAAGAAUAAACAAGACGACUCCUUCAAGGAACGUUCAACGGGUAGCAGCAUCAUUGGAAUUAGGAAGAGCAAAAGGAAGAAUUCCUCUCUACAUGGAAGUGAUUGGCCUGCUCCUUGUGAUAGCUUGCCUGUCGAGUCCUCAAACGGGUUGACUCAACCCAAGGAAGGGCAAAUAUGUCUCUCCUCAGUGAAAGAUAACACAGAAGCUAAUGAUAUUAAGGAGGAUACAAACAAAAUUGAUUCGAAUAAGCAACAUAUCAGUGAAUCGAAUGCGGAACACACACCACGGGGAGAUACCCACGAGCAUGCAGCCCCGACGAAGGAGAAAGACCCUUGCCCCAAGAAGCGAAGCAUCCACUUUCACCACACAUGCAAAAGACAAAAUUAUACAUAUAAAAAAAAAAGGAAAAAAAUAAAAAGAAAAAGAAAAAAAAAAGAAUACAUAACCAUAGAUGAAUAUUUGUUAUUCCUAAAAAUAAAACACAAAGAGACAUCGAUAGAAGGACUAACAGAUGUCGUAAGUUGUAUUCCCCUGGAAGAUAAAAUACGCAGAAUAAAGAAAUUAAGAAGUAUAAUGAAUAUUGAAUAUAAUGAAAGAAAAAAUAUACAUAAGAAGGAAAAGAUUCUGAAGAAUCUGAUCCAGAUUAAGGAUAAGAAAUACUAUUUUUACAACUACUUUUUUGACGUGUUGAUUUAUUUUUCGUACUUUAAACAGAUAAAUAUUGUGGAGGGUAUACUGGUCAUAGCACUCCUGUACAGCAAGGUGAACUUGUUGAGCAUUUCGACUUACAUAUAUAAAAAUGUGUACCUGUAUUUUUAUUAUAUCUUCGAGAGCUACCAGAGAAAGUGGAAGUCCUUCGAUUUAAAUCACGAGAUGAAUAAGCUGAACUCGUUUAGUGUGAAAGGGAAAGAAAAUACCGAUGCUUCGUAUGGGAAGCAUUCCAAGGAUUUGAAGAACGAAAGUGCGAAAAAAGAAAAAAAAAAAAAAAAAAAAAAAAAAAUCACAGCUACUGUUAUGUCUGAUGUGGGGACCAUGGAGAGUGACCAGCGGGAGAAUUGUAAGGGGGUCGAUUUUUGCCCCACUCAUUCUGGUGAAUUGGAUUGUAAAACAGGCCUCCAGGGCAACGUCAGCGUGUGCACGGGGUGUACGAACAAUGCGAUGGAUGGGGCGCUGGAAGGAGGAAAGGGAAGGGUGCAGAAAAGCGAAAAGGAAAUAUUAAAGGAAAAAAAAUCGAAAAGCGAAGCGAAAAGUGACAAUAAGGACAAACACAAUGAUGACAAAAAUGGCGGUAAUAACAACCUCCCCGAUGACGAGCAUGACAACUACGGCAUGUGCAGCAUGUACGACGAGUUGGUGGUGCACACAUUUAACCACUUCCAAAGACAGGUGCGAAACAAUAGCAACUUUUACUUCGUGGCUGACUGGCAGGAGGAGAACUCGAACUCUAAGUAUAGGAAUUAUGCCUUCUUGAAUAACUCGUUCAAUUCCCCACACCUGAAUUACAUCAACGAUAUCGUCGUGGGAAAUAUCAUAAAGAAUGCCAUUUGCUUUAACUACAAAUACAUUUUCAAUGGAAUAAAAAGGCACAUUUUAAUUUACCUUAAUAUAAUAAAUCACGUAGAAACAAAAUACAUCUUUUAUCAAAAUAACUACAACCUAAAGAAUGUGAUUUAUCAUCUGUACCUAGACAAAAUUAUAAAAUUCUAUGACAGUAACAUUUUUACGUAUGAGAAGAACUUCUAUGUACUUAAGAGAAUUCUUUUUUUGGACAAUGGUGUAAAUUUGUUUAACCCUAGUGAGAAUUAUCUAACGAAUGAUUAUUGUUUGAAGUCGAUAUUUUUUAAAAUAUUUUUUAAUCUUUAUAAAAAUGCGUCUCUAAAGAUCCAAGGAACGUAUGGGCGGGAGAUACUUGGCAAUCAUCACAGUUGGAUGCGCGCGCAAUUAAUUCACCAGUACAGGAUUAACGGAAAGAAAGGAAAUGGAGAAGACAACAUUCUGCAUUCGUUGAUCAAAUUGGAGGAGAAGAAACUGCAGUUAGGGACCUACCAGGUAUGUCCUUAUAAAAAUGCGUCGCAGUACGAAUUAGCAGAACAGAAAAAGGAAGAAGACGCAACAGUGAAAGGGAAGUGUAUUGUGGAGAAUCUACAUCUGAGCGAAAACUCACCUAGUGAAAAUUUUCUUAAUUUUAACUUCACCAUGAGUACGAAGGAUCAGUUGAGAAGCCAUAUGCUUAGUACCUGUCUUAAGAAGAACUGUAGCCAUGUUGAAAAGAAGGGGAAUAAAACAGAAAACGUAUAUGAAGAAUUAAAGAGGUUUACAUAUUGUGAAAAUAAUAAUGUCAAGGUCGGUGAACGUACAAGGCACGUUCUCCAUUGUAGGAACCCCACGCGAGUGAAUAAAUGUCCAUACAGCCAUACCAUUUCGUCGCAUGAACUUUUUAGCGAUAAUAAGAGGUACAAGUCGAAUGUUCCUAUGAGUAAAUCGGGAUGUAUUAUGAAAAGUGUCACCUUGGUAGAUAACCUGAACAGUCGCUCUUCCAUCAGCGGGGGGGGAAAGAGCGAGUGGGCAUUUCAUCAUACGUUUAACAGAAAUUCGAAUAAAACUAAAUUCACAACGUGUGAUGAUGCAGACGAGAAAAACAAACUGUCUAUCACCAGCAGGCAGAGAAAAAACGACAAAUUUAUUGAAACAAUUUUUAAGAAAAAAAUUAACAAAAAUCUGUUUGGAAGAAACAGAAGUAUUAACGCAUCUAAUGAUUACAAUUAUCGUGAUGAGGAUUAUUAUGGUGAGGAUUAUGGGGAGGACAAUUUGAAAAAUUAUUCGCUGAGAAAUUUGUUUAACUUCCCUAAUAACGAAUUAAAAAUCUUGAUUUAUAAUUUCCUCUACCUGUACAUUUUUGACGAAUAUAUUUACAUGAACAUACAUAAGAAGGAUAUAAGUGAGUAUUUGAAUUUUUUAAAUGUUUUGAAGAAGAAACAAAAGCUGAGGUAUAAUUUAUUUAAUUUCCUAUGCCAUUCGAACAAAGACAUUGGCAACGAAAUAUCGUGCUAUAAGAAAUAUCUAAAGGAGAGAUACCUAAAUAAAAAUAAAAAGAAAGAUAACAACAAAAUGAUGUACAACUCUAUGUUUGAAGAAAAAACUACCAUCCAGGUGAACAUGAAAAAAGAUAUGAAUGAUAAGUGCAAAACCAAAAGUUCCAAAAAGUUGUCAAGAAAAGGGGAAGAGUACAAAAUGGUUAGAGAACAUAACAAAGAGGAGACACUCAAUCCAAUAGCUUCAAUUCUCCUAAUACAUAAAAAAAAAAAAAAAUACAAUUCCAAAGCCAUAAAUUUGUUAAGAGAGACUUAUAAAAAAAAUUUCAUUAAUUAUCAUAUAAAAAUUAAUGUAGAAAAAUAUGAACACAUUUAUUUCCUCUUCCUAAUAACGGAAAUGUUGUCUCUUAUUUUUUUGCCCUUCAUCAAUUCCCACUAUUACUUUGCCUACGUAAAAGGCUAUAAACAUUUGGGCGAGGGUAAGUUUAACCAGAUUGAAAGGUUUAGACAUGAUAAUAUACACCUCCUUUGUGAGCGCACUAGUGAUGAUGGUUCCAGUAAUGAUGAUAACAGGGGAGAUAAAUCAACAAUUGAAGAUGGUGGUAAAUGGAACUACAAAAGGAAAAGUACAAAACAAAGUCGUAGAAACACACAAAACAGAGUGGACAAACGGAAUAGGUUCCUCAAAAAUAACAAGCAAGACAUAUCCACAAGCAUUUACAAGCUGUUUAGAGUAAACAAGGACAAUUUGUUAAAAAAUUCAAAUAAAAAAAAAAGAGAAAAAUUUUCAGAUUCUGAGGAAACCAGGAGUAGGAAAAUCCUCUAUCGUAAAAAUACCCUAAGUAAUAUAAAAAAUGAAACAGCAUAUAUACAGAAAUAUUCCCUCUUCAAUGAGAAGAGGGAAAAAUGGAAUGACUUAUUGUUUAGUAAAACGUACAACACUGACCUGAAGAGAAGGAAAAGCAUGGCAUAUGGCCACCAUGUGGAUGAUGGUCAGUAUUACAUUGCUCUGUACAACGCUAAAGAAGCAGUAGAACAAAUUCGGAUAAGCAAAAAAAGCAUAACAUUCCAGGUAAAGAAUCUCAUUGAAAAUGUCUUCCUUCACAAUGAAUAUUAUCAAAUUGAUACUUAUGAAUUAAAGAAAAAAUUUCAUAGUAAGGACAAAUAUUUUCUGAUAAAAAAGUAUGAAAAAAUUGUAGCUCUGGCUUUUUAUACCCGCUUUAAUACCUACUUGAUAUUUUCCCUGUAUCAACGAAUAGCAGUGCUUAAUUUUCUAUAUUCGAAUUACCAUUUGGUCAUUUCGGUACUGAGAUAUAUUAACCAUGUGCACUGUAAACUGAUUAACCAACAUGGACGUAGCCAUUAUUUUAACCCGAAGACAUCUCGAUCUGUGUGUGAAAAGUCACUUGUUCCUUCUCAUCCAGGGGGUAAUGCAUAUAAGGAAAUUCCGGAAGGGGGGAAUAGUACCUUUUUCUCAGAUGAACCCGAAAAAUAUGUCCCGUAUGAACACUCCUUCUUUUACAUGAAAGAUGAAGAUAUUCACUACGAUGAUUACAUAAUCAACACAUACAGCACGAACUACAUUAAUGAUAUGAAUUCCGUACAGGGUAUAAAUAACUCUCCUUGGUCUUUAAUAAAGUUUUAUGACAAACUAGGCGAUAUAAAGUCCUUCCGUUUUUCCAUUUUCUUCGACAUAUUUUUUGAGCUAAAGGUAAAUUUUAACCACCUCAGCAGUGCGCAUAUAUGUGUGCAAAAUUCAUUAAAGUACCUCUUCUUCUUUCUAAAGAAUGCACACAAGUGUAAUGUCGUCUUGGAAUUGCGACUCAGCAGAGGAAAGUCAGACUCACUACGGGGGAAAGGUAUCGAAGUAACGAAUGAAUCUGUCGAAGAAGACAGUAACAUAUCAAAUCCCCCCACUGAUAAACAUAGUCGUAAGAAUAAACAUUUGAGUGACUAUCCCCAGGUGGACUUGCAACACAGAAGGUUAAGUGAUGAAGAAAAUUUACAUCCCCAAAGAGGGAACAUUUUACAUGGAACAAACAAUACACUGGAUGAGUGGAAUAAAAAAUGUGGAGAGACAUUUAACGAUGCGAGUCCUUCUGCACCUAUGGGUGCAAAUUACACAUGGGGGGAGAAUAGCUCAAAUGGUGAUGGAAAAGACAACCCUCAUAACAUUAACCGAGAAAAAGGGUACACUGAAAAUGAGUCCCACUCAAAUUGCCUUGACAAAAUAAGGAAGGAGACCAAAUGUAGCAUCGAGGGUACAAAGGAAGGAAACGCAUUAACCACCUUGCAGUGUGAGAAAUGGCCGAAUAUGCUCCCAAGCAUAGAUAUAAACAAACUGAGAAGUAGUAAACUCUUCUACAUUAUAGGCAUUUCUCUACUGAAACAACUAAAUACCAACUACUACUAUGACAAUAUGAAAGAAAUAAAUAUCAUUUAUGAAGAUGAUUUGGUUGAGAAAAAAAUAAAUAUAAAUAAUUUAGUAAAAAAUGAUUAUACAGAUGUGCUAAACGUGAGUUAUAAAUACAUGAUAAAAAGCAUCAAGGUGGAUCCAAACCAUCUCUUGAGUUAUUAUUACCUUGGCGUUAUCUAUCUGUACAAAUUAAAAAUUACAAAGUGCAUUUAUAUAUGUAAAAAUUUUUUAUUACAAAACUACCAUAAUGUGUACGCUUUCCCAUUUUUUUUGCUAUAUAUAGUAGUUACCAGUUCGAGGUACACGAAAAUGGAGGUAAUUUCUACACAUGGGGAGAGGAAGCUCGGCAAGAGUCAUACACAUAAGGCUGAUUCCAUGAAAUCGCCAUAUAGAAAAAAUAAAGGUGAUGGUAGAAAAUAUGAUGCAGUCAUUAACCAUGCGAAUAUUCUUCACAGCUACAAUGAACAGUACAAAGGGUUAAUUAACCAAUUAAGGAAAAAUGCCCCCAACUUUUAUAACACUAUUAGUAAUCCUAACAACAUGUUUGAUGCAGAUGAUGGGAAAAUGGCAGAUGGAGGAAGAAGCUAUAUAGACGACUUUUGCAACCUAGGGAAUUUUAUAGACUGCAAUGAUUCGGGGAGUAUAAUGCCAUUUAACAGUGUGAAGGACAACCCAAGUGAAGUCCCAUCCGAAAGAGAGUCUAAUGAGAAAAGUGACGAUCCAAGUGGCAGGCAUGAUAAGAACAAAACAGAACAUGGUGAGAACCCUCUUCGUUCAAAACGGGGGGAGAUGAAUUCCCCUACUGGAAAGGUCUCUACAAGUGGGAAAAGUACGCAUGUUAAGCUGAGCACACAACACUGUACAGAAAGAAGAAGUAUUCCAUAUUGUCUUUACAACGAUGAGGAACUUCAAAAGGAAUCGCCUAACAAGGAGUGUUUUUUAAUUCUCGCGAAAGCUAUAAACUACUUCCCAAACAAUUUUUUUUUUUUUUAUCUCUACGUAUAUUACUUAAUUAAUUUCUUCGUAAUCUAUGAUAUUUUAUUUUAUUGGGAGAAAAAAACAGAAAACAAGAAGAAUAAAAAGAAGUCAUUCCCAUGUGCCCAGGUGAAACACCUCCUUCUGCAAAAGGUUUCAAAAAGGUGUGACAUCAAAACGAACCCAAGUGAAAUCGCCCGCCAUAUGGACCAUUUCAAUUUUUUGCGUGAAGAAAAAAAGGGAAAUGAUCAUCUCAGCCAACUGUACGAUGCAAUAUUCGACACGGACGAGAUGGACAACGUAGUUAGUGACGAUAUUAAUUACACUGAUGAAACUGCCACAAAUAGUGAUUCUUGUGGAGGGCCAAAAAAGACUACUCGAUUUUUUCCCAACAUCCCAUUUAAUCUUAACAGGUGUAGCAACUUAGCCAAGGGGAAGGAUGAAGGGAAUCGGCUUUUAACUAAUAGUAUUAAGGAAGAAAUUGACAGAAUUCAGAUUUCGCUGAAGAUUUUGCAAAGGAAAAGCAAUGCGAUGAAUGUUGCAGCUUCGAGGGGAGGUGCAACUUCUACCGUGACAAAGAGUGGUUCGGAUGAAAAAUCACAAACGAUCGCAACACAUGAUGGUAGGGCGGCUGAUGGGGAAAAGGGGGGAGAAUUUCCACACGCCGAUGUUACACACCUGUCCGGGACGAACCAAUCUGGGGAUGUAAAUGUUAACGAAAAGUAUAAGGAAAAAAAAUCAGUAAAGACCGAAAAGAGAAACGCAUACUUCAUGGACCCCCCGUCCGUAUAUGAUACCUUCCCAAAGAAACUAAAAAGUAACAUAAAAAAAAACGAAUACAUUGACAUGAGCAAAGUGAACUUGUUACCCUGCGUUAUGCCAAUCCUGUUAGCAUUGUACAAAUACAUUCAUCAGAAAAUGCAGGAAAAAAAAAACUCUGAUAUGUAUGUAUAUUUCUGUUUGAAUAAAAUUAUGUCUUAUGUCGAUCUGGGUAAGAUUAAGUGCGAAUUGCAUGCAGAGAGCGAUAGAGACUACCAUUCAAAUGGUGAAAUCAACAACCACCACUGUUUCUUUAGCUACGCGAAAGGGAGCGAAAAAUUAUACAGCAAAAAUUACUAUUUCUCGGAUAGAAAUGGAUGCGGCGCUGUUGGUGCAAGUGGCAUUCUUGGUAGAACCUGUAACAAUUUUGGAACUCUCAACUCGCAUAGCAGCCUCAACAAUGUAAGAAACACCACUCCUAUGGAUACUGGCACAGAAAAGAACAUGAGGAAAAUUAGCCUGAAAAAUGUCUACCUGGAAAUCAUCACCUGGAUCAGUGUGGCUGAGAUUCUGAUAUACCUGAGGGUAAAUGCCAAGCUCAUCAUUUACCUUCUCAAUAUUAUAGAUACGUACAUAAAAUUUUAUCUAAGUAUAAAUAACGACAGUAACUAUUACAGCUACGAAAAUACAAGCUUCUUCUACAAUUUGACACACCAGUUCAUGUGCUUGAAAUGCUUGUACUUGUUUUAUCUCUAUGCCAAGUGCAAAAGGAAGAAAAAAUAUUCAGAUAGUCAUGUCUUUACCAGAAAGGCAAGCAAUGUAUGUCGCUUGUCACCAACGACAAUAUUCCCCUUUGGCGAAACGAUGAAAAAAAGGAAGAGUAACCGACAGGGGAAAAUAUCACUACCUUCUAAAAGCAAUUUAUAUACAAAAAUACUCUUUUUCGAAAACGAAUACGAAUUGCACAAUUCUAGAAUGAAGUUAUGUGACCACCCGAAAGUUAAGGUCGACAAUAAUCACAUUUACUUCAGGGAUCGAUUUGGUGAAAAUGAUUUUAAGUUACCUUUUCAUACAAAAGAUAAGAAAGAUUUGCGGGGGGAAUUCUGGCCUCUUUGGAGGAAGGGCGAAAAGGGGGGAGCUGAUAAGCAAGAAAAAAAAGAAUCCCCUCAAAGGAAUGAACCAAAAGAGAAUGCAAGGAAUGGUGCAAAAUGCUCUUCGACCAACAAAGUAGACGCAAAUAACAGAAUGAACAGAGUGAACAAAAGGACCAUGAAUAAGAUUUACGCGGAUGAGGAGAAGCUGUUCAACUCGUUUUGUGUGGACUAUGAGAGUGCCCAGAAAAGACAGAAAAAAUAUCGACUCGUGAAAAACAUUAAAAUUUACGUAUCUUUAAUAAGUAAAAUUUAUUUCAACGAUAGAAAGGUUAACAUUUUAUAUGCUCGAUAUUAUUUUUUAAAAAAAAAGUACCUAAAAGUUAUCAGUAUUUUGUCUCUCCUGAAUGAACACUACAAGAAAAAGGACUACUUCAUUAUGAAGAAGAAAAGGUCACAUGAGGAUAGUGGCUCAGGCAACCAUAUGAACAAGUCGUCUGAACAAAGUACCUUAUCAAGUGGUUACCCCUUUCAUUUAAAUAACCAAACUGAUUUCGUCUACGAAUAUUUAAAUAUAUACAUGUAUUACCAGUCCUUUGAGAAGUUACAAAAUUAUCGGAAGUCUAAUUAUUACAAGCAUAUUUUGAAAGUCAUUUUUUUAAAUUGCCCCAUCAUACCGUUUGGUUUAUUUCCGUUUAUAAAUUUGUGA